UUUUAUCACCUACAGUCCAAAGCCCCGUGAAACAUUAGACCGGUAUUAUAUAAUGCAGCGAGCGGUACAAUGCAUACGUACAUAAAAAAAUAAUAAAAAUUACUAAUAAAGAAAGAUUAAACCACUUGCUGGUAUUAUAUAAUGCAGUGGUACAACUCAUACGCACAUAAAAAUAAACAAUAAAAUUCUCUAAUAAAGAAAGAAUAAACCACUUGCUCAAUAUUUUCUCUACCUGCUGAUUUAGCUAAUCAGCAAUUACUAGAAAAAAUGGGGUCUCAAGGUACCAUGGAUUCAUUUGUUCAUGUUUUUCUGAUAUCAUUUCCUGGUCAAGGACAUGUUAAUCCAUUGCUUAGACUUGGCAAAUGCCUUACUUCAAAAGGAGUUCUUAUCACUUACUGCGUACCAGAAUGUGUAGGCAAGGACAUGAGAGCAGCCAACAAGAACAUAAUUAGUGAUGAGCCAACUCCUUAUGGAGAUGGUUUCAUUAGAUUUGAGUUCUUUGAUUGAUGGGAAUACACUCAGCCGAUAGCUGAUGAAUCUUAAAACUGUAGGCAGAGAAGUACUUCCUACAAUGAUAAAAGAAAAUAAAGUAGAAGGGCGUCAUGUUUCAUGUCUAAUCAACAAUCCGUUUAUUCCAUGGGUAUGUGAUGUGGCUGAUAGCCUUGGUAUACCUUGUGCUGUUCUUUGGGUCCAAUCUUGUGCUAGUUUCUCUUCUUAUUAUCACUAUCAUUUCAAUCUUGCACCUUUCCCAAAUGAAACAUAUCCCGACAUUGAUGUUCACUUGCCUAACAUGCCAAUUCUCAAGUGGGAUGAACUUCCUAGCUUCUUACACCCAUCUAAUCCAUAACCUGUCUUAGCAAAUGCCAUUUUGGGCUAAUUCAGUUACCUCUCUUAGCCCAUUUGCAUUUUCAUCGAAUCAUUUGAAGAGAUCGAAAAAGAGAUACUGGACUACAUGCCUAAUUUUUUGCCCAUCAAGACCGUUGGUCCACUACUAGUCGAAGAUCCAAAAGUUGAACAAGAUAUUCGUGGUGACUUGGUGAAGGCUGGUAGCUCCAUCACCGAAUGGCUCAAUUCCAAGCCAUCAUCCUCAGUUGUUUACAUUUCUUUUGGUAGUAUUGUUGUACCAAGCCAAGAACAAGUCGAUGAAAUUGCUUACGGAUUAUUGAAUUCGAGGCUAAAUUUCUUGUCGAUCAUGAAGUCGCCCCAAAAAAAUUUGUCCUUUCCCAGAGUAGUCUUGCUAUAAGGCUAUUUGGACAAAGUUGGUGAUAAAGGAAAAGUUGUGGAAUGGUGUUUGCAAGAACAGGUUUUAGCACAUCCAUCUUAGCCUAUUUCAUGACUCAUUGCAGAUGGAAUUCGUCCAUUGAGGUUAUCGCGAAUGGCGUCCAUAUCAUUGCAUUUCCACAAUUGGGUGAUCAAGUCACGGAUGUUAAAUAUUUAGUGGAUGAAUUCAGAACAGGAGUAAGACUUUCUAGAGGUGUGACAGAGAACAGGAUUAUUCCUCGAUGCGAAGUUGAACAAUCUUUGCACGAGGUGAUGAGUGGCCCUAAAGCAGCGGAGAUGAAAGAGAAUGUAUUAAAAUGGAAGAAGAAAGCAUCUGAGGCAGUGACGGAAGGUGGUUCCUCCGAUCAGAAUCUGCAGUCCUUUAUUAACAAGCUUAUGACAUUACAAAGCAGUAACCAAAAAUUGGCCAAGUUGAGCACCUCUAUCCAAUUAGUUGUCACAACCCGACCCGGGGUUCCUAACAUUCAAAAAUAUAUGACACUAGUCUGCGAAAUCUCUAAUAAUAUAAAAAUCAACAUCUAUCUAGAAAAUGGGACAAGGCCCCCAGUUGGACCAUGA